AAAAAUGAAGAGGAUGUGGGUGAACUCACAAGUGCUUAAUUUGUUAACUGGAGAUGUAGGGCAUCUAAAUCAAACCAGCAUGGAGAUCUGACACCUGUAGAUCGAAAUAAGAUGGCUCACUGAAAAUUGCACCAGAGAGCUCAGAUGCAGAGAUGACAUCGGAAUAACAAGCCAUUCAGACCCCCCCUAACGUUCAUGAGUGGUUUUUUUCACUUCCUGCUGCAGAUAAACUUGACUUUCUUACUUUGGUUUUUACCAAGUUUCAUAUCUUGCCUUUCCUGCAACCAGACUUUCAUCCCUGGAUAAGACCCAAGCACUGUCUUCUUAAAACGCUCAAGCACAUAAUCUAACAUGAACACGAACUGUACCGACUGUGAAGAAUGCAGGCCGUCCCUCUGCCUCUGCACUUACUGCAAUAAAAAGCUGUGCUUUCAGUGUUCUGUUUUACACAAACACGAGCAAGAAAGGCUACAGCCUCAGAAAGGUGCUGAAGAUCAUGUGGAAAGAUUUGGCCUAUUUUGCCCAUUUCAUGAUCACAAACGUUUGCAUUUCUUUUGUGAAAAGUGUAACAUAAUGACAUGUGAAACCUGUCAUCUUCUAUCACAAAAGGACCACAGGGUUCUGUAUGUUGGAACAGCUCUUCAAAAUCAGCAGUGUUAUUUUGAAAAUGUAACAACACAAAUGAUAAACAAAAAAACAGCAAUGAAGACUUCUGCUAAAUAUUUAGAACACAGGCUGCUCGAAAUGAAGCUCAUGUGCAGGAAUACAGAAAACCAGAUAAAAAUGGCAAAGAUGAUUCUCAUAAGUGAAAUAAGCAAACGAACCAACAUAUUAAUAGAUGAACUUGAGAAAAGAACGAAUGCAUUCAAAUUAAACCUAGAACAGCAGCUUCAUGGGAUUUUUGACUUUUGUAAACAAUUAGAACAUGUCCAAAACUUUAUCAACUGGGCUAUGGACAGCAAUAAAAGUGCACAAUUUAUCUUCAGUAAGGAACUACUCCCAAUUCAGAUGCAACUCUUGACUGAAACUCAUCUCAGCACAGAUCCUUCUCCCUUGAAAACAGUAACAUUCCACUGGGAUCCCAACAUCUGGAUACAACAGAUUUCUAACUUGGGUUAUCUAUCAGAAGACAAAGGCACCCCAAGUCAUCAGUGUACGAUAGACCAUAUGCAUUCUCAACACCCGCUUUCUUCUGUGCAUCCAGUUGUAUCGGGCACAGUUCACCAGACUCUUGUGCCUCCAGUUAAUGAAUACCAACUGUGCCUAUUGUCCACUGCACCCAGCUGUUAUGACCAAUGCCUUCAUCCAGCCAGGACUUCAAGAGAAAGCCUGAGUCUGCACCACAUGCAACAUGGUGCAAAAACUAGGAGGGUAACCAGGUUACAGCAGCAGUAUUUCUCAGAAAAGUACAGGUCUCUGCAGGCAAAGAGCUACCAACAGAUUAUGCCAUUGCCCAUAAAGAGGGUGCAUGCCUGGCAUGUGGGUGAACUGCAGAAAAGUCCAUCAGUGUAUACGGGCAGUCACCCAGACAUAGGACAUGUAGAUCAACAGUCACAUGCCAGAAGUUUUUUAGUGCAACCAAUUCACCAUGCUCAGCAACAAAGGGAGAUCCCUGUCCAGCUAGUUCCUCAAACUAACAAAGUCCUAUCUGACACCAUGCAUCAGCAGCCACAGAUACCACAAAUACAACUUACUCAUCUAAACCAAAUUCCACCUGAGCAGCAGCAGCAUGAAGCAUCACCCCGCUCUGUGCUGCCAGACAAAACUGGACAGCACAGCCCCAGUAUUAUGCAAUCUGCUGACAUGGACCAAAUCGAAAAGGGCCUGGAGAAUCUUUUUACCCAGCAGAACCCAAACCAGCAACUGUGCCAUUCAGGCAAGUCAUCUGAAGAUGAGCAGCAAGUCAGUGUUGCUCAGCAGCAGUCUACUGAGACUCACCAACAAGUGGCUCACAGCAGCAUGCCACAGCAGAUCUUCACGUCAGUCGAGUGUGAUUCACAAGGCCAGCAGCCUGAGCUACUGCACAAACAAGCACACCUUCAGCAACAGAAAGAUUCUGCUUUAAAGGUCGCCUCACCAAUAACAUCUGCGACAACCAGCGAGACUAUUACCAGCUCACUGAAAAUAACUGACCCAAUACUUAAGGAAAAUACUCAUUCUAAAGAAAGCCGGGCUGAAACCAUAGUUUCUGUCUCCAAGUCUGCGGCAAGAGCGUCCCCUAAAGACCCGCACACCGGGGCCACUGAUAACAUAGCAACAGAUUGCACAGACCAAGGCAUCAUGAAGUGCAAGAAAGAAGAUCCAGAAAAAGAAGGCAACUGGGAGUUUGAACAGCCAAUAAAUUUGUCUCUAAAUAAAUUGCUCUGCAAUUCAGACAUCACCACAUCCAGUGUUCCUCAUCUGGCUUUGCGUAAAUCACAUUCAGAAGAAAUAAAUCAUGAAUGUGAAAAUAAGAGAAACACUUUAAGGAAAAGUACGCCGCACAAGAAUGAUGAGAUCAUCAACAAUGCUGCAGAAAGAAAUCACAAGGAAAACUCCAAAACACAUCAAAAUGCCUUGGUCCCGUAUGUAAGGCUGGAACGUUUGAACAUCUGUCCACUGCCAGGUCAAGUACCAAUAUUCAAGCUUCACCCCGAAGCAAGUCAAAAAGAUGGCAGCAUCCACAUUCUGAUUGAACUGAAGAAAGAGAACACAAUAGAAACAUCGGAGGAAUGGAUAAUAGAGAAAAAGGAAGACCCAGACCAGAAACCAACCUACUUUGCCAGCUUCCACCGACCUUUAGGAGACACAACACAUUGUGAAGUUGAAAACCAAGAUGGUCCUAAGAAAGAAAGGUCAUCUUCUGUCAGCAAUGUGCAAUCUAUCCCUUCGAUUUUGCCCUGCUUGGAGGAAGAAACAAAAGAGAAAAUAAUCAGGCCACUGAAGAUGGAAGAGAUAUGUAAGGAAACCUUUGAUCCCAGCUGGUCCACAAAAAUAAAAAGUGAAGGUCUCCAGUCAAUUGAGCAAGAUGUAACAUGUGAAGAAGAACCUGUCACUUUAGGUGUUCCUGAGAAAAUACCUUUUGAAGAUAACAGUUCAUGUAAGCCACUGUCAGUACUUCACUCAGACAUGCCUGAAGAAGAUAGCUUGAAUGAUUCCAGUUCAGGUAACCAUAAAGAAAUGAGGAGUGAAGACUGGGAUUCUAACUGCUCAGAAAAAAUGAGAUCUCCGUGUUCAAAAUACUCUGAAGAGAUACAAGAUGAGUCCACUGCCAUUGAAAAUGAAGAUUUCUGCGCAGUCUGUCUUAAUGGAGGGGAUCUGCUGUGCUGUGAUCGAUGUCCUAAGGUUUUCCACCUUUCAUGUCAUAUUCCAUCCCUACUCAGCUUCCCAGUGGGAGAGUGGGUUUGUGCUGUUUGUCGCAAUCUUGAAGAGCCAGAGAUUGAGUACGAUUGCGAAAACACACGUUUAAAUCAAGAUCAAAAAGGUAGAAGGGUAAAGCAUGGCCUUUCUGCACUGGACCAGAGGAAAUGUGAGAAACUGACUCUCCUAGUUUGCUGCAAUAACCUCAGCCUGCCCUUUCACGAGCCUGUUAGUCCACUGGCUCGUCAUUAUUACCAGAUAAUCAAGAGGCCGAUAGAUUUAUCGGCCAUUCAAAGGAAACUCAACAAAAAGAGUCCUCUGCAUUACUACACGACUGAGGAGUUUGUUGCAGACAUUCAGCUUAUGUUCAGAAAUUGUGCAAAAUUUAAUUAUCCAGAUUCUGAGAUGGCCCAAGCAGGAAGAACCCUGGAGCUCUUCUUUAAAGAGAAGCUGAAAGAGAUCUUUCCAGAAAAAGAGUUUCCUCCUUUGGUUGAUGAAUCUGAUUCUGAAGAGUCCGACGAAGCAUCCAGAAUGGAAAUAAGCGAGUUCAUCUGGCCAAAAGAGGACAAGGAGCAUUUCCAGGCCAAACGUAGACGGAGGAACUCCGCAGUCUCUAGGAGGCACCAGUUGUAAGCACAGGCAGUGCAAAAUGCUGACUCGAUGUUCAAGUACCAAGCCUCACCUCAGAAAACGUAUUCCUGAUUAUAUGAGAUGAUAACGCGAAUCUCAGCACGGACGGGUCAGCACUCUGGAUGAUUUCUUUUUAGUGUGUAAAGUUUUCAGUAGCUUGUAUUGUUUUACAUUUUUUACCAAAUCUGCAACAUAAUUUCCUUGAGUAGUUGAAUAAAACAGAGUAAGUUAAAUAAAUUAUAAGGACGUAGAAGAUUAUGUGAAGUUGUGCUUAGAUGUUGUUAAUGCUGCUUAAAAACGUCAUAGCCCUGCUUACUUGUCAAGACACACCAAUUAUUGAAGGCGUAAAUUGGAAUUAUGUUCAGAUUUAAAUUGGAAUUAUGUAACAGGCACGGUCAUCUGUCUUGCUGAUAUGUCUCGUAAAUAAGAAGCGGAUUCUCCAACUGGUAUUGACUGCAUGGAGUGUACCUGAGCACUAUGGUAUUUGGAGUGUAACUCUGAGGUAUAAUAGCUCACUCCAGUGCUGUAUGACAACCUUCAUCAUCAUUUUUUAACAAUAAAGCAAUUGUUCUUCAA